AGUUCGGUAUCCCACCCAAAACCCUAACGAUUUCGCGUUCUAUUCAUCCUUCGUCUUUUCCAACAUUCUUUUCUUCUUCGAAUGGUGAAUUUUGCUUAGCGAGUUAGUUUCUCUUUAGCUUCUUAAAUUCCUUGUUUCCCCUCAAUUUUCAGAAAAUAUUCAAUUGCGAUUCUGAAAAAUUGCUUAUCUGUUCCUUUAUUAGCAUACAUGGACAAUAUCGUGGAAGAUGAUGCAACGUACCCUCGAAAGCCCUACGCUUCAAGCCGUCCUAACUAUUCCCAUCGCCAAGAGCACUUGGUUCGCGCCGCCCCAUAUCGUCGUCAAGUGAUUAGUCGAUACGACGAGGACGGUGAUGAUGAAGAAAUGGAUGAAUAUGAUGUAGGGAAUGACCUGGAGGACGGCGAUGGUGAAGGGGAAAAUGGUUAUGGUAUGAAUAUUGAUAGCGAAGACGAGUGUGAGAAAAACCCGAAGAAAAGGAAAUUGCGGAAUCCGUCUGUUUCGAACUAUGAGUUGGUACCUCAUGGGAAGCUUUCGCAUGGGAAUCGAAGCCCAACAGAUGAAUGGACGGAGCAUGCGACGUUUGUUUUGCUAGAGGUUUGGGGGGACAAAUUUCUUCAACUUGGGAGAAAGAGCUUAAGGUCCGAGGAUUGGCAUGAUGUGGCCGAGAAGUUUUCGGAGGAGCUGAAGAUGGAGAGGACCGUGGCACAGUGUAGGAGCAUGUUGGAUAAACUGAAAAGAAGGUACAAGAAAGAGAAAGCGAAAAUGGAUGAAAUGGGGUUGAGUUCUAGUAAAUGGGCUUAUUUUAAGAAGAUGGAUAUGUUAAUGGCUUCAUCAGCGAGGCAAGAAUAUGGACUGUCCUGUGGAAUGGACUCUGGGGAGUAUGUUUUCAUGAAUACAAGGGUUUAUUUAGAUAGAUCGAAUGGGCUGGAUGAGAUGAGAGAUAGCCCUGGGGAGUCAGAGACGUCUGAAGAUGAUUCGGAUGGGCUUCCACCCAGGAGGACUAGGAUUGGAGACAAUGAUAAUGGAGAAGAGUCUUCCUUUAGGGAAUUAGCUGAUUCUAUUCAGAAGUUUGGGAAAAUAUAUGAGAAGAUUGAGAAUCGUAAGAGGCGGCAGAUGAUGGAGUUGGAGAAGAUGAGAUUGGAUUUUAAUAGGGAGUUAGAACUGCAGAAGAAGCAGAUUCUGGAAAGAGCUCAGGCCGAAAUUGCAAGCUUGCAAGAAGGAGGUGAGGAGGAUUCCGAGACAUCUACAGAGAAUGGCAGUGAAUGAUGUAGUAUUAUUUCAAUUAUGGCGCACAAGGCAUUCGCUUAAAUACAAUACUCGUUAUGUCAUGAAGAUUUGGUUCGUUGUGGACAAAGUACAGUGGCUUUGUAUAAUCCUAGUGGGAUAACGCUUCUUCUUGUUCUUGUUGGGGAGACUGUGUACUCGCUACCAGGAAUUUUACUUGGAUGAGUGGUUAGAAUGUUGAAAUGGUGUUCUAUAUUCACGAUAUCGAGUGGCAUACAAGCCCCAGAACCAGACUGGUCUGGUCGACCAAAAAAACACAUUUUAAGACUACUCAGAAGGGAAAGUUCCUAACUUUGUAAGGUGGAUAGCGCAUUCUUCUUACAUUGUUUGGGAUAUGUAAAAUAUUCUACUAAAAUAGAAGGCAUGCAGAGCGUGUAUCUUUCUUUGCCUUGCUUGCUAUGCUCUAAACUUCCUUGUAAGAUGAUAAUUUGAUCUUAAAAUGAGAAAAGUUUUGUGAGUAA